AUGGCACUGCGCAAAGUGCGCAGCAACUUGGAUCGUUUGUUCGACAAAAGUCUGACCGAUCUGAUACGCGGUAUUCGUAAUAACAAGGACAAUGAGGUCAGUGAGCAUGGCUCUGUGCCAGAACUCCUCAAAAGCAAUGGCCCUGGGUGUACCGCAUUUUUCAGGCUCGAUACAUCGCGGCGUGCAUCGAUGAAAUCAAAAUGGAGCUUCGCCAGGACUCGAUUUUCGUCAAGGCGAACGCAAUCGAAAAACUCGCUUACGUAUGCUUUGUUUCAUUUCGUGCAAGAUCGUAAUUUUAGUAUUUGCUCAGUAAAUAAUACUAACCCGAGGAGCUAA